AUGCAAAUCAUUCGUUCUUCACAUCGGUUGCUCCUACUGCUGGGCAUCUGCUUGGUGUGCCUGCUCCAAGGUGCCACAGCCGGUAAAGUAAAGCUCUUUGCAUUUAAGGGUCCGCAUGCCGGUUUUGUUGGAUUGAAAGUACGAACUCCAAAGUUGCUAGGACUUAAGCAUGGACUGGUGGGUCAUACUGGCGGAUUCGGUGGCGGCUUUGGUGGGGGCUUCGGUGGUUCAGUUGGCGUCGGCGGGGGCUUCGGCGGUGGCCACAGUAGUGGCUAUGAGCACCACGAGGAAUAUCAUCACGAGAGCCACUACAGCAGCGGGGGAAGCUAUGGAGGUGGCAGUUUCGGAGGCGGCUUGUGGGGAAAAUAA